UCACCACACCUCGAGACCUGGCUGAGCUCUCUCAAAGUGUUUUCAGUGAAGUGCUACAUAAUAAUAAGCAGAUAAGCGUGAUUUAUUCUAGUUUUCCAUUGAAUAGUAACGAAAAACAUCAUUUAUUGGUAAACUAAUCUAGUCGAUUUAGCAAAACGCCAUGUUCAGCUGCUGUUGUAUUGACUCCACCUGCUGGUUUGUAAGCAUCUUGAGUCACCGAACGUCAUCCAUCGCCUGACUGCUGCAUUCACAUUAGUGCAGUUGACUGAAGAAGGUGGACUAGGGUGUCAACUGUUUUAUUUAAUCAGACUCUCAAGGGAUCUAACUAUUGAUAUUUCUUUUUUCGAGUUUCGACAUCGAUCGUAUAACGUUACUUUUUUUGUUUUUGGAUUACAAGACAGCGCGUGGCGUUGAAGCAGGAUGUCUAGAUCAGAUUUCCCUCCUUCUUAUGAUGAUUCCCGACUGCUGUCAAACCCUCAGCCGGGGCCAGGUUACCCUCCCUCUGCUCCCCCAUAUGGAUUUAACCCACACGAGGGACAACCGGGAUACCCACAGCCUAAUGACCCAUACAGAGGACAGCCCAAUGAUCCAUACCGAGGACACCCCAAUGAUCCAUACCGAGGACAGCCGGCCGGAUACCCCCCUCCAGCUAUGCCAGUCAUCCCCGUCAUGCCUCCUCCUGGGAUAGGUGACAAUGAGGGAUUUACCACAGCUGGAGGUUUCGAAAGCACUGAUGUCCGGCACAGUUUUAUACGCAAAGUUUAUCUGAUCCUUGCUGCUCAGCUUCUUGUCACUGCUGCCGUCGUGGCUAUUUUCACGUUUGUGGAGCCAGUAGGAUUGUUUGUGAGGAAGAACCCUGCCAUCUACUGGGUUUCCUAUGCAGUCUAUUUUGUCACACAUAUGGUACUGGUUUGCUGUCAGGGACCCAGGAGGCGCUUUCCAUGGAACCUGAUCCUGUUGGCCAUUUUUACACUGGCCUUAUCUUUCAUGACUGGAAAUAUAGCAAGUUAUUACAGCACUAGAGCGGUGUUCCUGGCACUGGCCAUCACUGUUGUCGUGUGUGUUGCAGUGACCGUGUUCUGCUUUCAGACAAAGGUGGACUUUACCAAAUGUUCUGGCUUUUUCUGUGUACUCGGAAUUGUAGUGUUUGUGACCGGCAUCAUCACUGCUAUUGUCCUGUCAUUCAAAUAUGUCCCAUGGCUGCACAUGCUUUAUGCAGCUAUAGGAGCCAUUGCAUUCACUUUGUUUCUGGCCUAUCACACUCAGCUGCUCAUCGGGAACCGGAAGCUCUCCAUCAGUCCAGAAGAGUAUGUGUUCGCUGCUCUCUCCCUUUAUGUUGACAUUGUGCAGAUCUUCAUCUUCCUCCUGCAAAUCAUCGGUUACGCCGAGAGAUAGAUAGAUUGAUGGAUCAGAAGGUGAUUGAUGUACCUUUACAGUACUGUCAUAACGGCUUUAUUGUUUAUGCACCAUGCAGUGCCUGCUCAGUCUGAUCUUAACUAUAACAUAUACUCAAAUAUUACUGAACUUGUAAAAUAUAGCUGACGUUAUACUGAUCAAGCAGCCGGAGUAUAAUUUCCACAGUUAAUUAUUGAAGGUUUCCAUGAUGAAACAAACAUAUGCAUACAAUCUGGUGAAAAAUGAUGGAUGUGUUUUAAGUCUGUGUUUCCCAGCACUGUUCCCAAAGGCACACUAACAGUACACAUUUUCAACCUUUUCUUAAUCAAAUAGACCAGAAUCAACCAAUCAGAACAUUAGAAGAGACUCCAAAACCUGAAGUUAAUAGGUCAGAUUAGGGAGACAUCCAAAAUAUGUACUGUUGGUAAAGCCAGUGAUUCCCAACACUGUUCCCGCAGGCACACCAACAGUACACAUUUUUAACCUCUUCUUAAUCAAAUAGACCAGAAUCAACCCAUCAGAACAUUAAAAAAGACUCCAAAACCUGAAGUUAAUAGGUCAGAUAAGGGAGACAUCCAAAAUAUAUACUGUUGGUGAAGCCAUUGAUUCCCAACACUGUUCCUGAAGGCACACCAACAGUACACAUUUCCAGCCUUUUUCUAAUCAAACACACCUGAAUCACCUCAUCAGAACAUUAGAACAUUAGAAGAGACUCUAAAACCUGAAGUUAAUGGGACAGAUAAGGGAGACAUCCAAAUACGUACUGUUGGUGAAGCCAGUGUUUCCCAACACUGUACCUGAAGGCACACCAACAGUACACAUUUUCAACCUAUUCGUAAUCAAACACACCUGAAUCACCUCAUCAGAAGAGACUCUAAAACCUAAAGUUAAUGUGACAGAUAAGGGAGACAUUAAAAUAUGUACCGUUGGUGUAGCCAGUGUUUCCCAAAUCUCCAAACAGGCACACCAACAGUACUCAUUUUCAACAUCAUCUUAAUCAAACACACCUGAAUCACAUUAUAAGAAGAGACUUCAAAACCUGAAAUGAAUUGGUCAGAUAAGGGAGACAUCCAAAUAUGUACUGUUGGUGAAGCCAGUGUUUCCCAACACUGUUCCUAAAGUCACAUCAACAGUACACAUUUUUAACCUCUUCCUAAUCAAACACACCUGAAUCACCUCAUCAGAAGAGACUCCAAAACCUAAAGUUAAUGUGACAGAUAAGGGAGACAUUAAAAUAUAUACUGUUGGUGAAGCCAGUGUUUCCCAACCCUGUUCCUAUAGGCACACCAACAGUAGACAUUUUCAACUUCAUCCUAAACAAACACACCUGAACUCAUGGGAACAUUAGAAGAGACUCCAAAACCUGAAAAGGCUUAAUGGAGAUAAACCUAUUAUGAUACCAGAUAAUGGAGACAUCCAAAAUAUGUACUGUUGGUGUGCCUGCAGGAACACACUUGGGAAACACUGUUUUAAGCCUUAUGUUAUAUUAAUCAUAGUUUCUAUUGUAUAGAAGCCUGCUACCAUGGAAUAAAAAAAGGUUAUUGUGCCAAUUCUGACUUGGAUCUCACAGUUUGGACAUUUCUUCUAGAAUUGCGAGUGUAUGUGUUGGAAAUGUACUAACUCUAAAUUGUGUGUUUGUAGCUUAAAAUCCUGAGUAAAAGGAGUUUGGGAGAAAACCUGUGAAAUCUGAAUAAAUAAUUCUGAGGAAAAAGUCCAAAAUUCUGAGAAACAAAGUCUGAAUUGUGAAAAAUAAAGACAAAAUUACAUGAAAGCCGAUAAACUUUACGAAGAGAAAACAACUGAAUAAAAAACAGACUUUCUUUUAAUUAAUUGAGUUUAUUUUGCAUCAUAAAAUCAUAAUCACCUUUUUUUUAUUUAUUCUGUGGUGGAAACAGUGGAAGGGGUCUGUAUUAUUCCGAUUUCUACUGUAUAGACUUGGAUGUGCUGUAUUUACUGUUGAUAUUACAUGUUUGUGUGUGUAUGGUCAAGGGUUUAGCUUUUCUGCUGUGUAUAUAUAGUCGCAUUGUAUUUUAUUUUACGAGAUUCAAAUACAGACAUCUUUAUAUACAAUAUAAAGUCUGUUAUAUAUAUAUAUUUUUUCGCUUCAGAUUUGGGAAAAGUUUUUAGUUGAAGAAUUUUAUACUUCAUUCACAGGUUAUGUGAUGUACAGCAGUGCCUUUCUACUUUCGUUUAGCUCCAAAGAUACACUAUUACAUGUUGUAAAAACUACAUCGAAAAGUUCAUGUUCUCAUGCUCCAGUUUGAUAUGCUGUCAUUAUUUUAGGAUGGUCAAUAAAAGGAACACUUCAGUAUUGUUCACUUAUUUAAUA